AUGGCGGAAAAAAGACUUCAUGAAACUGAAUCAUCUGAAUAUGAUUCAAAUAUUGAUAGUGAGCGGUUUGUUAGUGAUCAAGAUCCUGAUGAUAAUGUGGAGAAUACAAGUUGUUCCCAUAAAGUAAGCGGCAAAGAACGUAGUGACAAUCGACAAGACAAAAAAACAAGUAAAAAGAAAUACAAGACACGCUAUUGCAAAGAGUGGGUAAAUAAGUUUCCAUUUGUUAAGCCUUGCAGUCAGUAUGUUAAAGACAAGGAAUACAAGUUCUUCUGCAGUGCCUGUAAUGUUAAUUUGUCCUGCUCUCAAGGAGACAUCAAUGACGUUUCUACUCACUCAAGUAAGUUUCAAUGUCAAUGAUUAUAAUUAUUCUUUAUAAGAUACACUUACAUUAUUGAAUUAUUGAUGAUUUUAUAAUAGGUUCUUCGACUUUCAAAAAACUAAAUUUGACUUUCAGAUAAUCCCUUCUUCCUCAGCUCUCAAUUAGUACAUGUACACUACAUAUAAUUUGCCCCAUUUACUUUUAGAAUCCCAAAAACACAAAUCAAAUGAAAAAGCAGCAACAAGUUCAUCAUUAAGACAGUUUUUAAAGAAGCGUGAUGAUCCAUCAAUAGUAGUUCAUCCAUCGAUUCAAGCAGAGGUAAAGAUGGCCCUGAUGAUAGUCCACCACAAUACAUUUUUCAACUUGUCAGACCACCUGACUCAAAUUAUCAAAUCAGAGUUUCAUGGCAGUACUGCAGCUGAAAAGUUUUCUUGUGGGCGAACCAAAACAUCUGCCAUUGUUAAUUGUAUAGGAGCAGAUUUCAAAAUAGAACUGGUAAAUGAUAUGAAGAACUCUCCAUUUAGCAUCAUGAUUGAUGGAAGUAAUGACAACGGUAUUGCAAAAAUGUAUCCGAUCACAGUGCGUAUAUAUGAUGAUGAGUUUAACAGAGUCAUGACCAAGUUUUUUGACAUGAAUCUCAUUGAAGGACGUUUAAGUGGGACAGCUGCAACUAUUUUUGAACAUGUUGAUUCUAUUUUCGAGAAAUAUGAAAUCCAUUGGAGUUUUGUGACAGGACUUGGGGUAGAUAACACCAAUGUGAACAUUGGCGAACAUGAUUCUAUUAAAAGUCGAGUUUUGGCAAAAGAGCCCAAGGUUGUUGUGGUAGGUUGCCCCUGCCAUAUGCUUCACAGUGCAGCAGGAAAAGCGGCGAAUGCCUUUGGAACUGUCACAGAUUUUUGACAUUGAAGAUCACUGCGUGGACUUGUAUUACUGGUUCGAUAAGUCUACCAAGAGAAAAGAAGCAUUAAAGGAAUAUUUUGAAUUUUGUGACACAGAGUAUGAGGCUGUGGUGAAGUAUAUCUCUGUCAGAUGGCUUUGCCUAGAGCGUUGCCUGGAUCGGGAGCUGAAGAAAUAUGUUGCUCUGAAAUCAUAUUUUUGCUCAGAAAAUGAACACGACAACAGAUUUCAACGCCUCAAUGCUGCUUUCAAUGACUCCAUGAGUGAACUGUUUCUCCUUUUUUUUCAAUCUGUAAUUGCCAUGUUCACCAACUUCAACAGGUUCUUGCAAAGGGAAGAUCCUCUGCUCUACUUGAUGAAUGAACAAAUGGAAGUAUUUAUGAGCAAGUUAGCAUCAAAGUUUGUAAAACCAGAGAAGGUAAUAGCACAUAAACAAAAUGAAGGAUCUAUGAAAUCACUAGAUAUUUCUAUUGCAAACCAGAAAGAAGACAGCAGCUUGUCAGUUGGCAUGGUAACCAAGGGAAAAAUGAGAAGUCUUUUGGAUGAAGGAGACAUCAAUCUUCGGAGUAUUGACAAAUUUUAUGAUGGUAUCAGGGAGUUCUAUAGUACAGCCUUUGCAUAUUGCACCAAAUGGUUGCCACUCAACAACACCUUGCUGAAAAACUGUGUUUUUGUUGAUUUCAAGAAAAGAAAUCAAUGCAGCAUGGACAAUGUUGAAGAAGUCCUUUCUGCUCUUGAACACAUUCACAGUGAUUUAAUCCAUGAUCCUCGGGCAAUGGAUAUUUUAGAGGAGGAGUUUCUUGUUUACCAGGCAAUGGCUGAGACAGAUAUUCCUGAACACAUAUGGAAGGAGUCUGUGGUUACAGAGAAAACCAAUGUUGAUGGUGGUGAAACAUUAACAUAUCAUCGUAUGGAUAUGAUUUGGGGAUACCUUAGAGAUAAACUGCCAAAUCUUAGUAAAGUUACAUUGUCUGUCCUAACAAUCCCGCACAGCAAUGCAGCUGAGGAACGAGUUUUUUCUAUGAUUAGAAAAAAUAAGACUGAUUUUCGGUCCAAUUUAGAUCUUGAAACGUCGCUUAGUGCCAUUAUGACAAUCAAGAUGAACAAACCUGCAAGCUUGAUGCCCUGCCACAAAUUCAAACCCAGCACAGAACUCCUAAAGAAGUGUAAAUCAGCAUGCACAGAAUAUAACAGAGCCCACAGUAGCCAUGGAAAUGUGGAAAAUUCUUGA